CACCACCACCAUUUUCUCUCCACUUCUCUCUCAUCCAAUCAAUAGAGAGAGGGUUCCAUUGUUGAAGGCAAGAAGAAGAGUUGAGCAGAGAAAUGCAGAAGCAAAAAGAGUCAGCCGCCUCCAUGCUAUUCAUAUCAGGCACAAAUACGCACUCAAAAAUUCCGAAUUUAGUUACAUCCAAAGCCAACAUUUUGAUUCGAUAAUUGAUCCCACCAUGACCGCGAAAGAAAUGCUCUCUGUAUUAUCCACCAAGAACCCAAGAAAAGCUAAACUGUAAGCACGCAAUGCUAUCUACAUGCACAUAUCAUACUUCCCCGCACGCAUCAUUUGACGCCAAACUCUCUUCCUUCACGCCCAACCCUUUUUCUUGUUUUCAUCUCUAAAUUGCUCAAUAACAUGUGCUGUUGACUGAAAAAAUCGAUGGCAGAGGAGGCGCAAAAUGGGCCCUUUUAUGAAAUCAGCCGGGAAGAGGACGCCGGAGCGGCGUUUGUCUUGCAGUCCAAGGGGAAAUGGUGGCACGCCGGAUUUCAUUUGACGACGGCGAUUGUGGGGCCCACAAUACUGACGCUGCCGUACGCUUUCCGGGGGUUAGGAUGGGGGCUGGGGUUCCUGUGCUUGACGGCGAUGGGGGUGGUGACCUUCUACUCCUAUUAUCUCAUGUCGUUGGUGCUGGACCACUGUGAGAAGGCUGGACGCCGCCACAUACGGUUCCGGGAGCUCGCCGCCGACGUGUUGGGUUCUGGCUGGAUGUUCUAUUUUGUGAUAUUCAUUCAGACGGCAAUUAAUACCGGCAUCAGCAUUGGAGCUAUUCUGCUGGCAGGGGAAUGCCUCCAGAUCAUGUACUCGAACCUCUCUCCCCAUGGACCAUUGAAACUAUAUCACUUCAUAGCGAUGGUGACAGUAGUUAUGAUACUUCUCUCUCAGUUUCCAAGCUUCCAUUCUCUGAGGCAUAUUAACUUCGUCUCGCUGCUUCUCAGCUUGGGCUACACUUUUCUUGUGGUAGGCGCUUGUAUUUCCGCAGGUGCCUCAAAAAAUGCACCGCGAAGGGACUAUUCUUUGGAAUCCUCUGAAUCAUCAAGGAUAUUCAGUGCAUUCACUUCCAUAUCCAUUAUAGCUGCCAUUUUCGGGAAUGGUAUACUACCUGAAAUACAGGCAACACUGGCUCCACCGGCCACGGGGAAGAUGGUGAAAGGCCUAAUUAUGUGUUACACUGUAAUUUUCUUCACCUUCUACUCUGCUGCUGUUUCCGGAUAUUGGGUAUUUGGGAACAAGUCCAACUCAAAUAUUCUCAAAAGUUUGAUGCCGGACGAGGGACCUUCCUUGGCACCGGUAUGGCUUUUAGGUCUCGCAAUUGUAUUCGUUCUUCUUCAACUCCUUGCCAUUGGCCUGGUGUAUUCCCAAGUAGCUUAUGAGAUUAUGGAAAAGAAAUCAGCUGAUGUCAAAAAGGGCAUGUUCUCCAAAAGAAACUUGAUCCCGAGAAUAAUUCUCCGCUCUCUGUACGUUAUAGCUUGUGGAUUUUUUGCUGCAAUGCUACCUUUCUUCGGUGACAUAAGUGCUGUCGUUGGAGCCAUCGGCUUUAUCCCUCUCGAUUUUGUUCUCCCGAUGCUUCUCUACAACAUGACCUAUAAACCAAGAAAAUCAUCUCUUGCUUAUUGGGUGAACUACUCUAUCAUUGUUGUGUUCUCCUGCGUGGGGAUCAUGGGCGCGUUCUCUUCUAUAAGGAAGCUAGUUCAAGACGCCAGACAGUUCAAGCUUUUUAGCAGCGACGUAGUUGACUGAGUACAUAGUGAAGUUGAAGUUGAAACAAUUCCACGAUUCAGAUCAUACGGUUUCAUGUAUAAUAUAAGUAAUUCAGACGACAGUUAUCGUGCUAUUUGUAGUGUAUAAUUCAAGUAAUUUAGCUGUGAGAAAUACAAUAAAAUUUUGUUAAAACUAUAGGAAGCAACAAAAUCCCAGGUUCAUUAA